AUGCGGAUAGCAUGUAUCCUCAUCUUGUGUUGCAACGUCGUUCCUCAAGUCUCCGCCGACGUCUUCCAUAUCGGUAAGGCUUCCUAUCUUACUAGGGAAGUGUCCAUCUGGUCCGAAAUACUCUCAUAAGCACAGGUUUUCGUGAAACGUUCUGGAGUUGUGAUGGCUGUUAUUUCGAACACUCUGGUCAACACCCCGCUCCUAGAAAAGAAAAACGCAGCUCUAGAAAGAUUGAAGAUUCAGAAAAUUUAAGAGAUUGACCCUACAAGGAAGUUGGGAGCAAUAUUUUUUUUUCGUAUUUUCUCUGACACGACUGUAGUCCUGACCAGAGACCGUUUUUUACCCCCCGCCCCCCACUGAUUUGAAGGGUGGGGGAGCAAAAAGCAUUCCCUAGUUAGUCCUAGGCGCCUCGAAGAACCAUAAGAGUUACUUUUUUUAAGCGAUAUUGGUUACCAAGAAAAAAAGCCGCGGAACAGUGAAAAAAAUCAAAAUUUAUUAGGAACGAGAAUUUUUCCGUUAACUACUAUCGUAAUAAAUAAGAUUAUUCAAAAAGCAGUCGGUUUCGAAACAGAGAAUCGGCUUCAUUUCUUCCUUUUUUUAAAAUUUAAAUCAAUAUUUAAGCAGUCUUCGACUUUUUUUAUCUGCACUUUCGAUCGAGUUUUUUUAAUAUCCAAUGGCGCCUAACAGUUAAUUGUUUGCUUUUUUUUUUGAAUAUUCAUAUCUAGGACUAUCUGUCACAGAAGUUUGGACCAGAUCGGCAAAGUUUACCUCGUUAGAUUUUCCACGUUUUCUUGUGGAUCAUGUUCUAGUUUUCUCACAAAGGGUAUAAACUUUUUGAAAUGUAUUUGAAAAAAACCGCAAAAAAUUUUGGUUAUCAAACAAACAAAUAAUAAUUUUCCGCUGCCAAAUUUCAGCUCAAUUAACAUCAGGUCCAACUUGGAAAAAAAAGCUUGACAUUUAGCAUUGAUUCCUGUAGCACUAUAAUUUUUAAUAAAAUUAGAUGGAAUAUUCUUGGUUCGUUUCCUCAUCGCUCGCUAACGCUCUCUUUAAACUUAUUCAAAGUGUUGACAAGAAGUUAUCAAAAUGUCUUGGGAAAUUAAAAAUGUACAGUACCGUGCAGUAAGAUAUACAAUUUCACUUUUUUCGUCAUAACUUUUGCAGGAGUUGUCCAAUUUCUGUCAAACUUUCUAUAGUUGUUAUUUGCAUAUCCAGUAUGUUAAAACAAGAAAAUCAGCUGGGUAGCUAAUUAAUGUAGUAAGUUACAACUUGAAACCUGGAAUAAACGAAAAAUUUAAAAAUUGUUUUUGGUUGAUUAACGAUAGGAAACGGUUAUGGAACCCCUUUUAUACUUCACUGAAGCUUUGAGCUCAUUAUUUCAUCAAUUGCUUCAUUGUAAAACUAGGUUCGACGUCGAUAAAGGGCUCGAUAGCCUUCGAACACCUCCGUUAUGCCGUCGACCGGUGGAACACGGAAAACGGCGCGCACACACAAAUCCGCUUCGAAAUCGUCGCCGCAGGACGUCAUGGAUCCUCAUUCGAAGACAGAAGUCUGAUCAUUUUCAUUUUCUCGGGCUGAAUAGUGCAAAAAGGCCUUUUUCAACGGGUCUUCUAUUUUUGCUGAAGUUAAUCAAGCUAAAAAAAGGAUGGAUAAGGGACAAAAAUACUUAAAGAAGAUGAAACAGUUCAAAAAGCAGCAUGAAGAAAUUUUUCCGCCCUAACAGGGGCAUAUUUUGAUCGGGAAUUCCUUAAAAAUUGGUAUCUCUUGAUGUACCAGAUAAAUAUCCUGAAAUUCUGAACCAGAAAAAUUUACAGUUUUUGAGAAAAUUAUACCGUGAAGUCAAAGAAAACCCUUAAAAUCCGUAAAAAUAGGCAUAUUUUGGGCUUUGAGCUGUUAUUUCUCGGAAGCUAGGAGUUGGGCAUGUUGAGACUUUUAGAAUCUUUUUCUGGUACCUCAAGGAGUGUCCUGGCCAAUUUUCAGAAAAGCCCCGAUCUUAAAGCCAAAUAAACUCCUCGCUGAUCGCCUUUUUUGAACCCAAUAAAUAAUUAUAUUCAGUGUGCGAAAUGCUGCAACACGGUGUCGUGGCGGUAGUCUUGUCCCCGGACGAAGAUUCUCUAGAUGUCCAGUUGGUCAAGUCGAUGUGCCAUCAUUUCCGGGUAAGUAUAAGCUUUGAUUUCUACUGGUGAAUCGAGAGGUAGAUACAAGGUAGCAACUCAAGUCAAUCGGCGAAUCGUAAUCGGUGGUCAUUUGUAUGCGACCGGGUACUAUCUCUAUGGUACCUGGAUAGUACCUGAUCGGUAUCUGGAUGCUACCGGGUAUGUACCUGAAAUUCGCGAUUGCCACUGGCUGGCACAUCGGUCGUUUAUAUAGCAUCAGUGUUUUUUACACCUUCCCAAGCCUUCCAGGGUCUUAUUGGAUAAAGCUGAAACAAAAAAUAACGACCCGGGAAGCAAUUCCAGACUUUCCGAAAGAAAUCGCGAAUGUCAGGUAGUUACCCGGUAGCUACUUGCAUCGACCUACGACCCAGGUACCAUAGAGAUAGUACCCGGUCGCAUACAAACGACCACCGAUUACCAUACGCCGAUUGACUUUUUCAAAAGUUGCUGUGGCAUUGUUGGAGUUUCGUUUAUUAUAAAAAAGAAUGAAAAUAGAUUUAAAAGGUAUUUUUCGAUUCCAAAGAGGUAGGAAAAUUGAUUGGAUGAUUCGAAAUUAAUAAAAAAAACGUCUCAAAAUAACUUUUGAAGUAGUUUUUUCUCAUUGAAUAUUUCCUCGUGCAGAUCCCAUGCAUAUCUCUUCAAUCUUCGUCGCUGAACGAGGCUAUCAACGACUACGUCACUGUGCUUGGGCCAGGCCGCGGGAUCGGCGCUCGGGCCACCAGCCAGUUCCUGGACUCGCUCCGCUGGCCGGGAUUCCUCCUGGCUUAUCAGUCCGGCACAGGUGAUUUCCACUAUACAAUUUCUUGAAAAUAUUCUCAACUAGUUUCAAAAAGAAAGCAAAUUGAAAUUCUUUCGUUUUUAUGAUAUUUACAAGAACGAUCCUCGAUGAUUUUCGGAAAAAAAAAGCUAAACACUUGUAUUUUCUAGAUAGAUGUAGGGUUAACUCUACUCAUUGUCUUUGUAUUCAUAUUCCUGGUUUUUUUCUCUUUUUCAAACUAGCAUUCCUGGUAUAAGAUCCAAUCAAAAAAAUCGUUCCAGAUUUGGAAGAUUUGGCACCUUUGAUGUACUACCGUGGGUUAGAAGCCACUGGAGGUCGGCGGCUUCAUAUCAAGGUUUUUUUUAAAAUUUUUUUCAAGGCUUGAUUUUUGCUCUUAAAAAAAGUUAGGACGCCAGAACCCCUAAAUGGACAAUUUUUCUUCUUACUUCAUAAUCCUGAUUUUUUUAAAGUACCUUUCAGCCAAGUUUAACUAAAUUUCAAAAAGAAAUCUUCUUAUUUUUCUCUUUAAAAAAAUGUAUUAUUAGGUCCGACGUUUACCAAACAACACGGACGACUACGAGCCCUUCCUCAAAUACGUCAAAAAUCGCCUCAAACAGACGAAUAUUGUAUGAUUUUCUGAUUUUUUGAUGCUUGUAACAUGAUUUUUCCAGAUAAUCCACUCGAAUAAUAUCACCGUUCUGUACACUUUGCUCCAACAAGCCCGAGGGCUGAAUAUGACCGAAACGCCUUUUUCUUAUGUCUUUACUAAUACGGUUAGUCGCGGAGUUAAUCAGCUUUUUGGUACUGAAAUAAUUCAUUUUUGAAUUAGAAUAAAUUUUCAAAAAAAUAUUCGAUUGAAGCUACUAUAGUGAUCAGUUUUUGAUAAGAAAUCAAUAAACUUAAAAAAAAUCAACUUUUUAAGAAAUUUUUUAGUGGCCACUGUAGGGUUUUGACGUUUUAGUGGCCACUAUAGUGUCAUAUUAGUAACCACUUAAGGGGUUAAAAGUUAGUGGCCUCUUUAGGGGUCAAUGGAUCAACAUAACUGGUCCAAUCUGUUUGUUUUAAAAUUAUCAGAGUUACUGGAAGGAAUACUGCAUGAAAAACUACUGAAAUGGCGACUAAAACGGAAAAUAGUGGCCACUGUAGAGGUGGGUUUAGUGGCCACUUCAGUGUCCUCUCAUAGUAGUCCUUGGAGAGCCUCUAUAGUGGCCACCUAAAAUUUUCACAGUUGGUUGAUGAAAUUAUCGAUUUUAGGUUCUAAAAUGUUUAAUUUGAGAAAAAAUUUUUAAUAAAAAUAAUUAAUUUUGGUGCCAUUUUGUAGAGCUUUCCAUUGCGUAGCGAACGGUUCACUUUAAAACGUUCAAAUCUCCUAUUUUUUUAGAGAAAAAGUUUGAAUUCCCGCCAAGAAUGCGUUUUUGCAGCAAAGUUGCUCUAUGGACAGAGAUCAUUGUCAUUUUUCGAUUUUUAUGAAAAUGAUGAAAAAUCAUCGAUAUUUUUAUUGAAACCUAUGAAACAAUUAUUUAAUUAGUCGGAAAAGAAAUAUUCAGGACUUAUCCCUGCUCGAAGACUUUCUGAACAACAUGUACGGCGCCUUUCACUGCAACAUCACCGGUCUGCAACUCGUCAAAAAUGAUCCGAUGAUGAAGGUUCGAACUUUCAAAAACUGUUCGCAUUUAAAAAUGAUCACUUUAAGACUCGUCUAGCUCUGACGUCAGAAGCCGCUUACGUCAUCGGAAUGGCUAUUUUCAGGAUGAGAGAGGUCGGUUUUUUUCUCUUUUCUAGGGAUGGGACUAUCAGUAAGAAAUUGUGUUUUGAUUUUUGAAAAGCUUAAAGUUUGCUUGAUUUAGUACAUUCAUAGCUAACUUACUUAGGAGCGCCAGAGUGGUCACUAAAGUGGAAGGCUUGAGAUUAUUUGUACGUUCAACCAGAGGUUCCCUAUAGGGGGCACUAUAGCUUGAGAAAGUAGCCCCUUUAGGGGAUUCCGCCGCUUUUCCAUACAUCUUUGUAACUUUCAAAUAAGAACAAAAAGGUUAAAGACCACUAUAGGGACUACUUGAGCUUUCGAGGCUUAGGCAUCUGAUCUUAAAUCACUAUAAGGACCACUUGAGCUUUAGAGGCUUAGGCAUCAGACCUUAAGACAUUAUAGGGAACACCUGAAUUUAAGCCCUCUAGGGGCGCUACUUCGACCACUAUAAGGUCUUUUUCUAACCCUCUAUUGACCACUCUGGCUUUUCUAAGUACGUCAAAUUCCAAAGAAUCUCUUUUUUUGCUGGGAAAAAAAAUUUUUUUUUGUACCUAUUGCUUUUCCGAGAAAACCGUAAAGAUGAAUGGAAUAUAUUCCAUUUUUUUUUAAAUUGAAGUUCCUCGGUCGCGAUUGGAAUGGCUCAAAGCGUUGCGGUUGAAAUAGAGUCCUCAGGAGACUUGAAAAGCGUUUGGAAAAAAUCGCUACAAGGAUUCACUAUGACCCCGCGCGAAACUCGUUUUGAGUCGGGUGCAUCUUGAAAAAAGUCUUUGCACAUUGAGCCAUUCCACGCGCGGCAAUUUAGAUAUAGUAGAACUUAUUUUUUUGGCUUGUUAGAAACUAAGGGAAUCGUUAAAUAUAUAAGUAUAAAUCGAGUCUUCGCUGUGAAACAGAAAGGUCUCUUAUAAACCAUUUUACCUCUUCCUUCUUUUUUUUCGACUUGCUUUGAGAGAUUUUUCUUCGAAAAAAAAUAGAAAAUCAUGAAUUCGGUCAGUUUCAGAUGGGUCAUGCUCCUAGAGAGACCUCAUUAAUGUGCGAUUUGCGGGAAACGACGUGGAACGAUGGACCGAUCAUGAACGAAGGAAUUCGAAAGGUUCUUUUUUCAUUAUUCGGAUCGAAUUUGAAGAAAAUUAACUUUACGAAGCGAAAAAAUAAGAUUUUUUACCUUCAAUCAAAGAACAAAACUUUUUUUUUUCAUUUUUUUUUCAUAUUUUUUAAACCUUGAGGUGUAAGGAUUUUUUUUCCAUAAAAAUGAAAGUCUUGCCGUAAAUUGGAACGGCUGCUAAGCGGUUGUUCCAAGGCGCAACCGACCAGAAACGGCUUGCGCUUAUAGGAUCCGGAAAUGAUUAGAAAAAAGAUGCAAGCUGUAGACUAUCUUUGUAACUUUCAAAUCAGAACAAAAAGGUUGAAGGCCACUAUAGGGACCACUUGAGCUUUAGGGGGGUCAGGCAUCAGACUUUGAACCACUACAAGGAACAACUAAAGUCAAGCCCUUUAGGGGGCACUUUAGGGGCUUCUUCUCCCCAAGUUGCCCGCGACAAUUUGAGCCAUUCCAAGUGCGGCCUGGAUGUUUUUUUCGAGCGACUUUUAAAAAAUUUCAUUUUUUUUUUAAUUAUAGAACUUUUCAACCAUCUCAACACAAUUUUUUUCAACUUUUGUAAACUUGAAACUUUUUUUCAUAGUUUUUUUCUCAAAAUAACCAUCCCGAUCUACUUUGAUCCAUCUAGAAUCGACUCACAAUCGUCAUCCAAUCCAUUUUUUGUUGGUUGGCCGCGAAGAAUAGGUCAAACGCUUGAUUUGCCUUUCCGGCAACUUUCAAAGAACGAUUUCGAGUCGCCAAACAACUGGUUCCUGCCGACAAUUUACUUUUUUCGGCCUGAAGAACAAAAAAUUGGCCUGUCUCUGAGGAGAAAAAUGACCGGCUAAGCUUCUAGUUGAAGCUUUUGGGAGGAUGGGAAAAAUUGAAAAAAACAGAUAAUUAUUAAAAGCUGACACUAGAAAGAAGAAGGAAAAUGGAAAGUGAAGAUGGAAUUUUGAACUUUUUGAGAAAUUAUAAAAUUCUCCUUCCUGUUUCUAUUAAUUUCUUGAAAAAUAAUUAUUUUCAUAAUUUCGGAUUAUAUUUCGUUGGCAAAGAUAUCAUUCUUUUUUUCAUUUGAAAAUCAGUUUUUGUCACAAAAAAGCAUCCAGUAAAAAUACAAAAAUCAAAAAUUCCCGUGAUCCCCGAUUUCCCUGUUUCAUCGAAACUAUCAAAUUACCAAAAAAAUAGAAAUUUAGUCAGUUUCAAAGAUUUUUCAAACAAUUUAUGAAAAUUUGGUUUCUAAAGAUCGAUAGAAAGACGUGAAGUGGUCCCUCAAGGGGCUCUUAAGUGUUUAUUUUCAAGAAAAACUCAGGAACGCCAGAGGGGUCCCCAAAGGGAUUAGGAAACAACAGCUUUUACAGAGGACAAAAUAAUGCUCCCUGUAGAGAUUCACAGCCUAACCCCUUAACGCUUAAGUGGUCCCUACAGCGGUCUUUUGAGUUUUCGUACUUAUUUGAAAGUGAUUAGUAGAGAGGAAACCCCUAGAGGGGUCACUUUUGCGAGCUUCAGUGCCCCUCUAGGGAUCACUCUGUCGUUCCUAAGAAACGCUAAGAUUUCUUGCGGUGUCUGAGAGCUUAUUGAUUGGAAAUUAAAAUUAGAAGCUGGAAUAUUUUCGAUACAGUAUUUCAAAAAAAAGUUGAAUUUUUAAAUAGUCUCCUUGAAACAGAGAUCUACAGAUCCGUCUCCGGAACCAACUGACGGGCGAUGUGCAGUUCAAAGCGAACGGAGAACGGGAAGAUCUGAUGUACCACGGCGUCGGACGGAUCAACUCGCAGUUCGUCAAAGUCAGUUGA